AUGAAUAAAGCAAGGCUAAAUCUUGUAUUUGCAGUUCUAAUAAGCUUACUCUUUGUGGUUAAGCAUUCAUUAGCUCUGAACUUUACUCUGGGCGGUGACCAUUCCAAAGGCAAAAGAUCAAGUAUUCGUGAUGAUAUUGAUGAUGAGAUUAACCAAGGUCAUUGGAUUAAUCAGAGAGAGCAAGUCAGUGGAUACUCUAGGAAAUCAAGUCCAAUGAGCAAUCUUCCUAAGGACUUCACCUGGGCUAAUAAGGAUGGAGUCAACUAUAUCAACAAUGUAGCCAACCAACAUAUUCCCGAAUAUUGCGGAAGUUGAUGGGCCUUUGCUACAGUGGGAGUUCUCAAUGACAGGAUCAAGAUAAUGAGAAAUGCGGAGUGGCCAGAUAUCCAACUAUCAGAGCAGGUCCUCCUCUCUUGUGAUAAACAACACAGAGGGUGCAGCGGUGGAUGGCCUUUGCUCGCCUUUAAGUGGAUCAAAGAAAAUGGAAUCACAGAUAACACAUGCUCUCCAUACCAAGCGCUUGGCUAUAUGAAUGGCUUAGACUGCUCAGACCUAUUAGAAUGCAUGGAAUGUACUCCUGAAGGGUGAACACCAAAAGAGCAAUAUCACAAAUAUUAUGUAGAGGAGUAUGGGUUCGUCAGUGGAGAGCAAGAAAUGAUGGAAGAAAUCUAUCAAAAUGGCCCGAUAGCUUGCAGUUGUUCUACACCUGAAGGCCUCUAUAAGCAUACUGAGGGAAUUUUCAUUGAUAGAACCAAUAGGAAAAGCUUCGACCACGAGUGCGAAGUUGUUGGGUUUGGAGAGCAAAAUGGCGUUAAGUUUUGGCAUGUUAAAAAUGCUUGGGGAACUUCUUAUGCUGAUAACGGUUUCUUCAAAGUAAUAAGAGGAAUUAAUAACAUUGCUAUUGAAACUAAUUGCUCAUGGGCUACUCCUUUGGAUACUUGGAGCGAAGGAAAGCAAGUUGUUGUACAAAAGAAUGUUGAAAAAUCAAAUCAGCUCCUUGAGACAAAGAAAGAGAGUUCCCAGAAUACCAUUACUUCAAAUUAUCAAAAAUCUCAUUUUAUUAAAGGUGAGAAGGUGCUUUCUUCAAGACCAGGAGAUUUGCUAACAGAGGAAGAACUUCCAGAUAGCUUUGAUUGGAGAAAUGUUUUUGGCUUCAAUUACGCAUCAAAAACUCAAAAUCAGAAUGCUCCAAAUCACUGAGAUGCAGGUUGGGCAUUUGCUCCAAGUUCUGCUCUUGCAGACAGAAUUUUGAUAAAUCAAAAGAGAAUAGAGGCAACACUAGCUUUAAGCCCUCAAGCAAUUAUCAACUGUAAAGCAGGAGGGACAUGAGAAGGAGGAAAUCCAGCAACAGUAUAUGAAUUUGCCAAUACCCACGGAAUCCCAGAUAGUUCUUGCUUCAAUUAUGAAGGGAAAGACUAUACUAGAACUUGCAACCCGUUUGAUGUUUGUAGAGAUUGCCAUGGUCCUCCUCCAAAAACAGGGGAGCAUUUGCUCCAAAAUUGUAGAACAAUAUUCAACUACAAUCGUUACUUUGUUUCUGAAUACGGACAUGUUCAGGACCAAUCCCUAUCUCAAGAAAGGAGGGAGAAAGAAGCAGUCCAUUAUAUGAAAGCAGAGAUUAUUAACAGAGGACCCAUCUCUUGUGGAGUUAACUUCACAGAGAACUUCCACAACUAUGAAGGAGGUAUUUACUCAGAAAAACUAGAUAAAGAGACCAGUACGUACAGACACGAUGUGUCAAUUGUUGGAUGGGGUAAAACUCUAACAGGCCAACAAUACUGGAUCGGAAGAAACUCUUACGGAACUACAUGGGGAGAAAAAGGCUUCUUUAGGAUAGACAUGUAUGAAGAUAAUCUUGGAAUCAACACUGAUUGUAUCUGGGCUGUCCCAGUGACUGAUAAAAAUGAAUUGUCAUUAUUCUACUCUAACCUUCAAAUUCCAUCUGAAUGGGAAAGAUAUGAUUAAG